CUGUGCAAGCAAACAAACAAUUUAAACACCGUUGAAAACAACAUCCAACAAACACAAACUCAGCUUUGUCCCCACAACACCACCACCACCGUCACCACCACCACGCCCACCCAUCUCCUCCUCACACGACACCCACCCCCUCCCCUGUUCCUCCACCACCCAACACUCAUACACCCCCUCGUCUUCUUCUCCAUCACCCUUCGCUAACUUACGCCUCCCCAUCUUAUCCUGCGCAUCCCCUCCAUCACUUGUCUGUCUCCCUGUCCCUCUGUCCCUCCCUCCAUUAAAAUAUUGAAAAAUAAAGGAAAGUGAGGAAGAAAAACACCAACACCAACGGUUCAUCUCUUUUCUCUCUUUCUCUCUCUUUCUCUUUAUAUAUAUAUAUACAUGUAUUUAUAUAAUCUCUAUCUUUCAUUACACCUCCUAAUUUUGGAUCAACCUAGAUAGUGAAGUGGGAAGAGGAGGAAGAAAGGUGGGAAGAGGAGGAAGAAAGGUGGGAAGAGGAGGAAGAAAGGUGGAAAGGAAGAGGAAGAGGAGGAGCGUACUGGGGUUAGGGUUUUUGAGAGAUGUGGGAUGCUUCAGGCAUUGAUGAAUCUGCUCUCUCUGUGCUGGAAGCCGUUCGGGCAUAGCAGCGAGAAAUCCGGCUCGACUGGUUCUACUUGCGCCGGUGGUGGUGGCGGUGGAGGUGGAAAAGAAGGUAAAGACGGGUUACUUUGGUUUCGCGACUUAGACAAGUAUGGCUCUGGCGAUUUCUCCAUGGCUGUCGUCCAGGCCAAUCAGGUGCUCGAGGACCAGAGCCAGAUUGAGUCCGGCCCAUUCGGCACCUUUGUCGGCGUCUAUGACGGUCACGGCGGCCCCGAAGCCGCCCGCUAUGUCUGCGAUAAUCUCUUCAAACAUUUUCGAGCAAUAUCAGAAAGGUCCCAAGGAGUUGUGACAACUGAGACCAUAGAGAGAGCUUUUCAGGCUACAGAGGAAGGGUUUACUGCUCUUGUAUCAGACUCAUGGAGUCUUCGACCUAACAUAGCCACAGUAGGUACGUGCUGUCUAGUUGGGGUGAUACAUCAACAGACUCUCUUUGUGGCAAACCUUGGUGAUUCUCGUGUUGUGUUGGGCAAGAAAGUUGGCAACACGGGAGGAAUUGCUGCCAUACAAUUGUCAACAGAACACAAUGCGAACAUUGAUUCAGUCAGGCAGGAGCUUAAGGCAUUACACCCAACUGACCCUCAAAUAGUUGUCCUUAAACAUGGAGUGUGGAGAGUGAAGGGCAUUAUACAGGUUUCCAGAUCUAUUGGUGAUGUUUAUAUGAAACAUGCGCAGUAUAAUAGGGAACCAAUCAACGCAAAAUUCAGACUUCCUGAACCAAUGAAUAUGCCCUACUUGUCUGCCAAUCCAGCAAUUAUUUCUCAUCCACUCCAUCCAAAUGAUUCUUUUCUUAUAUUUGCAUCUGAUGGUCUUUGGGAACACUUGAGUAAUGAAAAGGCUGUUGAGAUUGUCCACAGUCAUCCACGUGCUGGAAGUGCCAAAAGACUUGUGAAGGCUGCCCUCCAAGAAGCAGCAAGAAAAAGAGAGAUGAGAUAUUCCGACCUUCGGAAGAUUGACAAGAAGGUUCGACGCCACUUUCAUGACGAUAUAACUGUAAUUGUUUUAUUCUUAAACCAUGACCUUAUCUCGAGAGGUUCCGUGCUAGACUCCCCGCUGUCUGUCCGAAGUGCCUUAGAACACCGAUGAAGUUUGCAGACCAGACAUUUUCUGCGUGCCGUGAUUCCGAUCGAUACUGUACUGCUCGUAGAAGAUGCAUGAUGAUGAAUACGGCUAGUGGAGAGAGAGAGCUUUCACUGUACAAGCAACCGGGGGACUGUUUGGAUACUGAUAUUGAGGUUUACUAAUUCCAAGUCGGCUUACAUUUGUAAGAUGUUCUUCCAAGAGUCAGAACCCAUAAUUAUUUCACAUUCAAUGUAAUACCCUUUUGAUAUAAUCUACUUACAGUGAAUGGGUGCGAAUCCA